GUUUGUCACUUACUGAGGAAUGAAGUCCACGUUACGUCAAAGAGGAAAUAAAACGCCACCCUGUUACUCACACGAUCUCAUUUCUCUGAGUACAACGACUGGGGGAAACGGCACAAGUCCGAGACGAGACAGAUCACAAACUAAAAAAACUCAAGUCUAACUCGGGACAGAUAGGGCUCGCCUGCUUGUUGAGCCUUUGGUGGAGGUGCCAAAACAACCGUGCGUAAUUACGCAUAACGAAAAAACAAUGAGUGCCACAACAGCAAUGGAAGUGAACGCCGAAGCCAGACGGAUCCUGGCCGUGUCGAUAAGCAAGCUCUACGCCUCCAGGACCCAGAGAGGCGGACUGAGACUCCACCGGAGCCUCCUGCUCUCCCUGGUCAUGAGGUCUGCCCGGGACAUCUACCACUCCUCCCGGGAGAGCGAGGGGCCCGGCGGGCCGCAGCCAUCGCCGGAGGAGCCGAUGGACUCCAGCUCCAGCUCGGAGGAGCAAGCCGAGCUGCCCGAGCCUCGGCGUGAGCCCCAGCCGACACUGAGCCCCGCCGAGCAGCCCACGGAGAAGCCGGGCAGCGCGGAGAAAGGGUGCGACGGCGAAAUCACAGAGGACAAAGAGAACUUGAGUCCGGCGAGGCAGUCCAGGAAACGCCGGGGCAAGGCGUCGGCGGCGCCUGACUUCCUCCCCAGCAAGAGGGCGAGGCUGGAGCCCGGGGAGGAGAGGUAUGCGGCCCCGCUGGGCAGCUGUCGCGCCGGGGCCGGCGAGUCCCUGGCCGCUUUGUCAGUAAAUCGGGUUAUACCUGCCUUCUGAACCUAUGGAGGAGGAAAAUAGCCUCGAAUGAAGACUUUGGAACGGAGUGAAUCUCGACUCCUCGUUAACCUACAGGGGCGAUUGAUCCCUUUGCGCACCAAGGAGCUGACCCGACAUCGGCGGUCCCGGGACAGAGGGAUUACCGGGACUAUGGCGCGACCUCUCUGGUCGAGCCGAGUGCGCCCGUCGGGCUGGUAAAGCCCCUAAAGAGAUCAGCAUGCCGAGAAGGAGAAGAAACCGAGAACCGGGCGGGAAGGGAGCUACAGGCCGGAAAGUUUGAGGAAGAAACAGAAGGGGAACUGGCUUUGUUACUUUUUGAUUCCCCGUGAUUCACCUUCAGUUAAAUGAGUCCAAACAAGAGACUGCUGCUGAGUCAAAGUGUGUGUAUGCGUGAAUCAGCAGCGAGUGAUGUGAGUCAGUCAGAGAAGAAGUGAAGCGGCGAGCCGUUGACCACAGAGCAACAGACGACACUACUUGGACUUUGGGGUAUUUCCUGCCUCUGUACGGGGAUAUCAGCCUCUGAACACUGAAAGAGGAAGGGCAGUAGAGGCAGACACGCUGCCACACACACAUUGACCACACACACACACACACACAAACACACACACAUUCAGUUGCUGCUGUGGACUUUGAUAAAUCAAUACUACUGCUUUGGACUGUCCUACAUACUGUGUUCACAUGGUGCUUUGAGAAAAAAAAAACAAAAAAAAAAAAAAAA